CCCACCCCUCCUCCUCCCUCCCCCCGUUCCCCUCCUCAUCGCUGUGCAGGACGUCAUGAGCAUAGUAAUCGCGCUGGGAGUCACCACACCAGAAACGUCCUACUCAGAUAUGGCUGCUGGAUCAGACCCUGAGUCAGUGGAAGCAAGUCCUGCUGUGAACGAGAAAAACUACCCCAACCACAACUGUGGGAGUGCACACAGUCAUGGGUAUCGGGGACUACCAUAUACUAUGCAACAGUCUUCCGUUGUGUGUUGUCAGGAUCACAACUAUGGCGCGCCCCCUCCCCCCACCCCACCCGCCUCCCCGCUCUCCCAAACCAUCAUUCCCCGCAUGGAGCUCAACCACGCCUCCCGCUACCAUGACAACGCCACCAAUGGCGGCCAGGAGGAGAACUCUGCCGACAGCGAAAGCUCGUCAGAGGAGGACGGUGCUGUGGCCAGCUGGUGCCACUGCAGCCUGACGCAGGACGGCUUCCUCAUCAAGUGCGAGAGCUGCAGGGGGCUGGACAGGAGGAAAGGACUGUAUGGCCAACGCAGGAAACCAGAAAAUGUAUCAGUGGGCGAGAGCAGUGCCACGGAGAGCGGCGACGAGGAGGUGUCGCCCGCCACAGUGUCCUACACGGCGACACAGCACACGCCCACCAGCAUCACGCUCACUGUCAACCGCGUCAAGCGGAACAAGUCCAAGAAGAGGAAGAAGAGCACGGAGAAGGCCCAUGUAGCGCCCAAGGGAAAGAAGAUCAAGGCCUUCAGAGAGGGUUCUAGAAAGUCCAUGAGGAUGAAGAACUCCACGACGGAGGCCAGCGCAGUGGACGAGACUACAGUGGAGGGCUGGGAGAGCCGCAUCCGCCAGUGGACGGACCAGUACGAGGAGGCUACAGCCAACCAGUACAGCGCCGAUGUCCAGAUGCUGCUCCAGCUGCACCGUGCCGUUACCGCCGAGGGCGUGGCGAGUGAGACUACCUCACCGGCCCAGGUCAACGCCUCGGCGGACGCCAUGGACACAAUUAACCGUACAGAGCUGGCGUGCAACAAUACGGUGCUGGGCUCUCAGAUGCAGUUACAGCUGGGGCGGGUGACGCGUGUGCAGAACCACAGGAAGAUCCUGCGGGCGGCAAGGGAUCUAGAGCCAGACACCCUGAUCAUCGAGUACCGGGGCAAGGUCAUGCUGAAACAGCAGUUUGAGGUCAACGGACACUUCUUCAAAAAGCCCUACCCCUUUGUGCUGUUCUACUCCAAAUUCAACGAGGUGGAGAUGUGCGUGGACGCGCGGACGUUUGGGAAUGAUGCACGCUUCAUCCGGAGGUCCUGCACGCCCAACGCAGAGGUUCGCCAUAUGAUCGCCGAGGGCAUGAUCCACCUCUGUGUCUACGCUGUCACGCAGAUCCCCAGAGACGCAGAGGUCACCAUCGGCUUUGACUAUGACUUCAAUAGCUGUAACUAUAAGGUGGACUGUGCCUGCCACAAGGACAACCAGCAGAACUGCCCUGUGCAGAAGCAUAACCAGAACCCGCGCGAGUCCCUAGGCUGCCCCGGCACGGGGUCACUACCCUCCCAGCUCCCAGGGCACACGGGGGCAGAGACGCGGCGGCGGAAGGCCCGGCGGAGAGAGAUAGAAGGGUCAGGCGGCGGCCCAGGACCGGGCGGGAUGUCGGAUGACAGUAACCAGCCGCCCGAGGAGAGUGGUGAGGUCCGGGAGACGCUGCAGGGCAACGGCAGCCUGGGCAACAGCGAUGUUGAGGAGGGCCUCCUCAAGCAGGAGGAAGGAGAGGAGGGCGAGCUGGACCAGAACGGAGUCCUCAUCUCCAGUAGACAGAAGAAGACGUCUACCACAGGGGGCAUAGAUGAGCCCAAACAGGAGGGCCUGGAGUGCGAGGAGUGGAGCAGAGGGAACCCCACGGGGAGUAACCCCACACCCCACCAAGCAGGGGUGGGGAUAAGCACCCGUCGUGCAACUUACGCCACUGAACCCUCCUUAGCAGCCGACGCAGACAAGACCCAGACAUCUGCCGCUCCCCUCCCGGCCCCCCUUGCUCCCCCCAAGCCUCCCCCGGCCCGCUCCUCCAAACCCCGGCCUAAGAGCCGUAUCUCGCGCUACCGCUCCAGCUCGUCGCAGCGCGCCCGGCGCCAGCGGCAGGCCCUGGCCCAGCAGCAGGCGGCCCUGGAGCAGGGGGCGGCGGCUGAGAUGCAGGAGAGCCCCCUGGGGGCCCCUGGUUCAGAGCUGGGCCUGGUGGACGGAGCACUGGGAGUCGGGCAGGUCUUAGACGGAGAAGGCCUGAGUGCUCUGAACAAGGGCAACCUGCCCAAGACCAAGAAGUAUCUGGUGACAGAGUGGCUGAACGACAAGGUAGCCCAGCAGGAGGUGCCCACGGUGGAGCGGCAGCUGCGCAUUACCACCGACCCCACGGUGCUGGCCACCACCCUCAACAUGCUGCCGGGCCUGACGGCCUCGCCGCUCAUCUGCACAGCGCCCAAGCACUACGUGCGCUUCGGCUCGCCCUUCAACCCCGAGCGCCGGCGCCGGCCCGUCAGCGUGGACGCAGCCUACGGAUCCUUCAAGAAGAGAUGGAUCCAACAGGCCCAGUGCGAGAGUGGGCCGUGUUCUGGAGGCCUGGAGGACGGCACCGAGUCCACCUCCUCUCACCAAAGUAACAGCAGCAGCUCCACCCCUAACCCUUUCAAAGCAGAACUGGCGGCGCCCCCCAAGAAGCGGCGGUCCAUUUACGAGGCGGAGGCGGCUCCACCACUUCCCGGCUCAGAAGAACACAGUCUGCUACUGAGGCCCUUGUCACCCAUCACGCCCCCGUUGCCCUCAGACCACCCCCUACUCAGCCCCGCCUCCUACACCGCCCCCGCCCUGCUGGGUCGUUACGGCGACGAGGAGCACCGGCUGUCCAAUGGCUACUCACCGCUGCCCUCGCUGCCCACCAGCCGCUGCAACACGCCACUGCAGUUUGAGAACAUAUCGUCUCCAGAGGCCUCUCCUGUGCACAGGCCGGAGUCCAUCUCUCCAGAGCCGUGCCUGCGGCCAGACUUUGACGCCCAGUGCUGCGCCCUGCAGUUUCCAGACCUCUCCCUGUCCUCGGGCCUGGAGAGCCCCGUGCCCGCCAUGUCGGAUGACUUCACUCUCCUCUCGGCAACGGGGCCUCCUCCCGACACACAGGGACCGCUCACCCCCUUGGCACCGGGUACCCCGUCCGAGUCGCCCCAGCAGGCCAGAGAGCAGAGCUUCAGGACGGAGUUCAACCUCAUCUACACCUGCUCCCCGCUCAACGCCAACCUGGGAAACCCCGCCCCCGCUGCCCCCACCAACAGGCGCAUCAGCCAAUCAGAGGGCAGCUAUUCCCCGGCCGAGUCAUUCUACAGCACCGUGAGUGGCCAGGGGAUCCUGGCAGAGGCGGGGUCUGACUCGCUGUCGCCCUACGGCGAGCCGCACUAUGGCGGCAGCUACCCGGAUGGCGGCACGCCACCCCACCACACCAGCAACCCACCACAGAAGAAGAAGAGGGCCAUCCUGCAAUCCGUUAGUCUGCUGACAGGACAGCCAGGUUACCAGGCUAUAGCAGUAAGACGUGAAUACAAGACAGUACAAAAUAUGGUGUCUCUGCUGGAGUACCGUAAGAGGAAGCAGGGGAGCAGCAGGGACCCCGACAACGGUGGCAGCUCCCUGGGCACCCGCCUCGGCUCCGUCUGUCCCAGCGCCGAGUCCCCCAGAGGCCCCCAUUCCCUCCACUUGCAGCCCUCGUCCUCCCCCCACAGCUCCUUCUCCUCCCCCCCCCAGAUGGAGGAGGUGAGCCCCCCAGAUAACCACAGCACCACCUCCCACGCCCUGGGACCACCACAGCAACAGCAGCCCAGGGAUCAGGAGGGCACCAGCCACUGGAUGGUGCCCACGACGGUAGAGCGGCUGAGGGAGGGCCAGGGCGUCUUAGAGCGGGUACUGAGGGGCUCCCUCAAGAUGGACCGCGUGCUGAAGAGGACGGAUGGCUCGGCUGCUGACAAGGACCCUGAUACAGACCGGUAUGAGAUCCAGACAGUUCCCCUGGCCUCUCCUAUGAAGAGCCCACAGAGAUACAGCCCGUCUGUCUACACUUACCAGGUGCAGCCCCCCUUAUCGGAGAGCCACCAGCAGACAGUGGACAGUCCGGCCUUCCUUCAGCAGAGGGCGUCCUCUCCAUUACAUGGCUCCUACAGCCCCUCGGCCCCCCUUCCCUCAGUUCAGGGCUUCUACCCUCGCCUGUCUCAAGACCACUCGCAGCAUCAUCCACAACAGCCCCUCAACUCCCCGUCCUCCUUCCCCAACCAGACCACCUCCUCUGCAGACUCAGCCCUAUGUGGGGCUUCCAGACCACCAGGAGGCGCUCUGCACCAGUCGAGCGGCAGCAGCAGUAUGGACGGGUCCCACGCGUACAGCGCCGGGAGCCAGCUAAAAGCCAGCCUCUUGAACAGCGGGUUGUCAGGGUCUCCUACCCCUGGCUCCAGGGCUCACGGCAACCCUAAAACAGACUUGGGCGCCAGUGUGGCGGGGAACCACACCUCCAGACUGAGCCAGCAGCUGGCGUCCCGGAGCCUGAAACCAGGCAGCCCCGGGCAGGCGGUGCUGCAGGCCGGCUCCAGGCUCCUGGUGGCCACCGCCGGCCAACACUACCCGCAACGCGGGGCACCACUCAGUCCGUUCCAGCACCCCCCCAUACAGGGGCCGGGUGUAAGGACACAGUCAGGAAGCUUUUAGGAUGUUGUGUUUGUGUGUGUUUUUGCGUGAGAGUGAGUGAAAUGGCGUACCUCCUCUCCUAAACCCUCUGGAGAAACUAGGCUUGGGGAAAUGUACAGACCUCAGAGGAGCCACGACUCUGCUUCUUGUAUUUCUCCUUAUUUUCUGUCUUUCUUUUUGUGGAAAACAAUUGACUGUGUUCUGCGUCUAGCUAAUCGAGGAACUUCAACAUCCUCAAGGAAUCAAUGGAAAAAGAGGAAGAAAAUACAUGUUCAACAAAAAAGAGAAAUCAUUUGAAAUGACCCUGACAUGAACAGACUGUAAAACAGGCAGAGGAGAUGGUGAAACUCAACCAUGAGUAUCUGGACAAAGUGUUUUUGAAGAAAUGUACCUGUUGUUUUGGUACUUGGUUUGAUAAUGCUGAGAUGGCAGCAGAGAUUUUGUUGAGGUAACUUUUUGUUAUUUGGCCAGCAGCAGGGUCAGUCCUGCAGUAUACAUGUGUUUUGUUUGGAAAGGGUAAACCAUACCAGCAAGAGCGUGUGUGUAUCAUCCGUUAUAAAGAUGCAGAGAGGGUGGCAGUCAUGAGCGCCCUAAAAAUCAUUCCAUAUGAUUUCCAACUUUUUGUGUAAAAUGUUUUUCUGAAAACUCUUGAUCUGUAUUUCACUGUUCUUUGAUUUUCUUCUGCUCUUUGUUUUCCUUCCACACUUGACUGUUUUGAUUUGCUUUAUUGCUACUUCACAGUAGAUUUGCUAUAUUGUACUUGAGUCAAACAGAUCUUGUAAUUCAUGGUGCUGCAGUUGUUUUAAGUUAUUUACAGUUAAAUCCAGUUAUGUUUCCCACAAAUCGGUUGAUUCAACUCGCCAUCUGUAAUUUGGAAUCAAACUUUUGCCAGAAAUGCAUCCUAGUAAUCGUUAAAACCUUUUUGUGCUGGAAUGCAGGGACAGAGUGAGAAGUAAGAAUAUAUAUAUAUAUAUUUUUUUUUUUACUCCGUUGUUGGGUUUGUCGUCUCUUUUGAAUCCUGUCGGAUUAUUUUUAUCAAAACGUAUUGAGAAUAUAUUUUUUCUCUCCUUCUGACCAUUCCUUGCAUUCCGUAUGCCACCUAAGAAAAAAGGAUGGUUUGAACGGUAUAAAAAAAAGCUGCUGUGUUCUCCUUAUUUGUUGCUGCUUCAAAAAGUCUCACUUUCCACAGAAUGCUGUACCCCAUUUUAUUAGGGUCCUCACCAACUGAAUACUAAACAAAAAGAUGAAAAUCACAACGCAAAAUUAGUCAUGUGCCAUGACCACUGCAUUGGGACUUUUAAUCAACGUUAAAUGACAUUGCUGAUGCACGCUGGGAGUUGUAGUACCCUAGUGAUAGGAAGAUGGAAAUCGUUCAGACUGGACGUUCUAAUUUGGUUGAGAGUAAAUGUCUUUGGGGCCCCAGGAACCACACUUGGGGCUUCGGACAGAGGGACUGGCCAGCUUGACCGGACACUUGACCUUUCUUCUUAUUGCUUCAUCCACAGACGUAAGGUACUCACUUGUUACAUGAAUGUUUAACAGAAGACUUCCGAGAAAUGUCACCCAAAAUUACCAGCACCUUAAGUUAAGAAAUAACCCCUAAAAUGAAACAAAAACGACAAUGUAUGAUCAUGUGUACUUGUAUAAAAUGUGUUAAACUGUAAAAAGAGAAAUAUAGUACACUAAAUUUGACGCAUGAUAUUUCUUUUCUGGGACUGACAGAUGGUCAGAUUGGGAUGAUUACGUCUGUUGACGAAGUCUUUGUUUUUGCUCUUCACUUUUGACUCCCAGAGAAAUUGGACACUGCAUUCUUUGGGGGGAAUGACGUUUAACUCGUUUUUGUUUUAUUUUUUACACAACAUAGUGGUGACUAUGUGGACUCCCCCAUCCAAAAGAUAAAAAAGCAGAAGAGAUGUAAUGCAUUUUCAUAAUAAAAUACUGAUGAUAAUGUA